UAAGAACGGAUAUCCGGCAGGAUCCCAGGCUACAGGAAAUGGUAGCGGCAGCUCUGCAGCGAUCCUGAAAGUUUUGAUCAGCCCCCGUGCACCUGGCCUAGAGCAACAUGUCCCGUGGCCGUCCUCCCCCGCUCGUCACAGGCAUCUCACCCAAGGAGGGUGCAGCCUGGACCAAAGUGACAAUCCGUGGUGAAAACCUGGGCACGGGCUCAGCUGAUCUCAUUGGUCUGUCAAUCUGCGGCCAUAACUGCCUGCUGACAGCAGAGUGGAUGUCGGCCAGCAAGAUAGUGUGUCGUGUGGGCCCAGCAAAAGAUGACAAGGGAGAGAUCAUUGUCACAACCAAGUCCGGAGGUCUCGGGACCUCCACGGUUUCAUUCAAACUGCUCAAGCCGGAGAGGAUUGGUAUUUUGGAGCAGUCGGCCGUGUGGGUGGACGAAUUCAACUACUACGACAUGAGGACUGACCGCAACAAAGGCCUCUCACCUCUCUCGCUCCGACCCAACAAUCCGUUGGGUAUCGAGAUUGACAAGGGAAAUUUCCCGCUGAAAGACAUUGAGGUGACAUUUCCGGGGAUGAGUGGCGAUUUCACCAGUGAAAACUUCUCUGCCACCUGGUAUCUCAUUGAAAACCACGCAGGCUCUAGUUUUGAGCAGUUGAAGCUGGCUGCCAGCAAUCUGAAGAAGCAGGCCAACAAGAAGAAUGAGGGGAGUCUGGCCUAUGUCAAAGGUGGACUCAGUACCUUCUUUGAGGCUCAGGACGCUCUGGCAGCUAUCCACCAGAGGCAGGAUUCAGACGGUACUGAAAGAGUAGAAGGAUCAAUGACCCAACGCCUGGAAGUCAUCCUCAACAGAGCAAGUGACACCGCUGAUACACUUUUCCAGGAAGUUUUGGGGCGGAAAGACAAAGCCGACUCCACACGCAACGCACUCAACGUCCUGCAGCGUUUCAAGUUUCUUUUUAACCUGCCCCUCAACAUUGAACGUAAUAUCCAGAAGGGAGAUUACGAUGUGGUGAUCAAUGACUACGAGAAGGCCAAAUCUCUUUUUGGCAAUACAGAGGUCCCUGUUUUUAAAAAAGUGUACGCGGAGGUCGAAACGAGGAUCAGGGCUCUCCGUAGCUUACUACUGGAAAAAUUGCUGCAGACUCCCUCAACACUACAUGAUCAGAAGAGAUAUAUCAGGUACCUGUCUGACCUGCAUGCACCAGGUGACCCGGCAUGGCAGUGUAUCUACGCUCAGCACAAAUGGAUCCUGCAGCUGAUGCAAGACUGCAGGGACGAGUUUAUCGGUGGUCAGAGAGGUAACAACCGCACAUGAUGCUUUGCAUUAUCAAAAAAGAAAAAA